CUCUGCCUGAGGCGUCGCCGAUGAUGGCAACUUGUAAGUAACAGUAUGCCAGCGGAACGCGACUCGCUGACAGGAUUUUCAAUCAGAGUUUCCAUGUUGCUGUGCAUACAGCGAGAAAGGCAAACAUACAGUAAAUACAGCACAUAUCCAGAGCUUCGCUGUGCGUCUCCCAGCAAGCAUUCAGGACGUUCCCUUGUAUGUACAGUAUAUAGGGCUCGCAACUGCAGAGUAUAUAUACUUUUCGGGCUCACCUGGGAGACUUGGUCGAUAUCCAUAGCCUAGCGGCUCUGCACAGGCGUAGUCUGCAAGGACUUGGUCGAGUGGUUUUCGGCAAUUGGUUGACAUAGUUUGGCGAUUCACCCUGGACCUAGUUUGUUUUGACGGUCCCCAUGGUUGUUGCAAAGAGGCCCGUCGUUGACGACGCCCCAAAGGCUAUUAAGAAAAUCGACUUCGGAGUCUUCUCGACUCAGGAUGCGAAAAAGUUGUCGGUGCUGGAGCUAUAUCAACGUGAUCUUUACGAUGUGACACAACCGAAUCGACCUUCGGUUAAGUUUGGUGUCCUGGAUGACCGGCUAGGGGUGACGAACAAGGAAAAGCAAUGCGAAACAUGUGGCGAGAAGCAGCAGGAGUGUGUGGGACACUUUGGCGUCGUCCGUCUUGCGGUGCCUGUAUUCCAUAUUGGUUACUUCAAGCUCAUGCUCCAGGUGUUGCAAAUGACGUGCAAGACUUGUAGUCGAGUUCUCCUCGAAGAACCCCAGCGGCGUUCAUUUUUGCGGCGACUACGAAACCCGAAUCUGGAUGGAGUGCAGCGAAAGGAGAUACUCAAGUCUGUUCUCACUCUUGGCAAAAAGUGUGGAAUUUGUCCAUCAUGCAGGGCGAUCAAUGGCACGGUGAAGAAAGUUGGAGCACUCAAAGUGAUCCACGAGAAAUUUCGGCGGAAAGCGAAGACUGAUGAAGAAAAUGAAUUUCGGAGAAGUUUCGACAAUGCGGUCAAACUGGAUUCCUUCAUCCAAGGUUAUGUCUCCCGAGCACAGGAUGAUCUUACGCCUCUUGCCGUAUUACGCCUGUUUGAGAACAUCAACAAUGAGGAUUGUGAGCUUAUGGGACUGGACCCCAUAAGAGGGAGGCCGGAACUUUUCCUAUGGACCGCACUUCCCGUCCCGCCUGUCUGUAUUCGACCGUCAAUCGGACAAGAGAACUCGAGCACCGAGGAUGAUUUGACUGUCCUCCUCUCGGAAAUCAUCGAAAUCAAUACCAAGAUAAAAAGUCUGAUCGAGAGUGGUCAGAAAACGGAAUCCCUAGUGGAAUACUGGGAUUACCUGCAGCUUCAGUGUGCUAUGUACGUCACAAGCGAUCUGCCUGGAAUUCCAUCUCAUCUGCAAGGGAAUUUGCCGAAGAUCAAGAAAGGCUUUUGCCAACGCCUCAAAGGCAAACACGGCCGGUUUCGCGGAAAUCUGUCCGGGAAAAGAGUGGAUUUCUCGGGGAGAACUGUCAUAUCGCCUGACCCAAACUUGCGGAUUGACCAGGUUGCUGUGCCACAGCGGGUAGCGACAGUGCUGACCUACCCAGAACGUGUCACGCCUCAUAACAUCGACAGAUUACGGCGGAACGUGGCGAACGGCAUCGACAACUAUCCCGGCGCAACAUACGUCACCAAAAGCAAGACCGAUAAAAGGUUCUUGAAGAGUCCAUCUGUUCGGCAGCGCCUCGCACAAGAGCUUCAAGUCGGCGAUCUUGUCGAACGCCAUUUACAAGAUAACGACAUUGUGCUUUUCAACCGACAGCCGUCGUUGCAUAAGCUCAGUAUUUUAUCCCACUACGUGAAAGUUCGCCCCUGGAGAACAUUCCGUUUCAACGAGUGUGUCUGCACGCCAUAUAACGCCGAUUUUGAUGGAGACGAGAUGAAUCUUCACGUACCGCAAACGGAGGAGGCGAGAGCCGAAGCGAUCGAAUUAAUGGGGGUGAAAAAUAAUCUGGUUACCCCGCGAAACGGGGAGCCCCUCAUUGCCGCCACCCAAGACUUCAUCACGGCCUCCUAUCUCUUGUCCAAAAAGGACAUCUUUUACGACCGGGCGCAAUUCACUCACAUCUGCACGUACAUGACCGACUCUCUGACGCCUGUCGAUCUCCCACCACCAGCUAUCUGGAAGCCGAUCAAGUUGUGGACUGGCAAGCAGGUCUUCAACAUCCUACUACGCCAUAAUCAGAAAUCGCCGAAUCUGGUGAACCUCACAACGAAGUGCCGAACAUUCGAUAAAGAUCAAGUCGAUCGCCAUGGAGUGAAGUUCAGUGCGAAAAAAACCUUAGCGGGACACAAGAUCGACAGUACAUUUUGUCCCAACGACGGGUGGCUCUUAAUUCACAACAGCGAGCUUUUGUGUGGCGUAAUCGACAAGGCUAUUAUCGGGGAUGGGAAUAAGAACUCUAUGUUCUAUACGGUGAUGAGGGACUUUGGCGCUGUCAGUGCGGCCGAAAGCAUGAACAGGAUCGCCAAACUUUCUGCACGUUGGCUAGCCAAUCAGGGGUUUUCUAUCGGUAUCGAUGACGUGCAGCCCGAUGCACAGUUACGGAAGGAAAAAGAACUCACCGUCGAGAAGGGAUAUGCCGACUGUGACGACACUAUUCAAAUGUCUAAAGCUGGAAGACUGCCGAACCAGCCAGGAUCUGACCAAGAACAGACUCUAGAGAAUAAGCUCUCGGGGAUUCUCAGUAAAAUUCGUGACGAUGUUGGUCAAGCCUGUUUCCGGGAGUUAAACAAAUACAACGCCCCCCUUAUCAUGUCCCUGUGUGGAUCGAAAGGGUCCAAGAUCAACGUCUCACAGAUGGUGGCUUGUGUCGGACAACAAAUCAUCUCCGGAAAGCGUAUUCCGAACGGUUUCGUGGAUCGCUCACUGCCGCAUUUUCCGAAAAAUGCCAAGACACCUGCUGCCAAAGGUUUUGUGCGGAAUAGUUUCUACACCGGCUUGUCUCCAUCCGAAUUUUUUUUCCACGCCGUGUCUGGUCGUGAAGGUUUGGUCGAUACUGCAGUCAAGACUGCUGAAACGGGUUACAUGCAGAGGCGUCUGAUGAAGGCACUUGAGGAUCUGGUGUCCCACUACGAUAUGUCAGUGCGCGAUUCUACGGGUGGCUUAGUCCAAUUUACGUACGGCGACGACGGGCUGGAUCCAGCCAGCAUUGAGGGCGGUGAUCUUCCCGUUGAUUUUCAGAGAAAUCUGCGGCAUGCCCAAUCCGUUGUAGGACAGGGUGGUACUCGCUUACUACCGUGCCAAAUUCUUCAAUACGUCCACACUUCCAUUUCAAGUCCCCAAUUCAAGAAGACGUGUGCUGAACCAUUUCGGCUCGCUUUGGCUGAAUUCUUAACAUCCGUGGUCAAUGGACUUGUAGCAGUCCGAGAGGCCCGUGGUUUACCGCCAAUGGUCGAUCCAAGUGCGAUGACAUCAUACUCCCUCACCCCUGAAGAAGAGGACAGGAUGGGAUUGAAAAUGAAACUGACAAAAGGUCAACUUGAUAUGUUCUUCGGAAUUUGCAUUAAGAAGUACCGACGGGCCAUGACGGAACCAGGAACCGCUGUCGGCGCUGUAGGGGCGCAGAGUAUUGGAGAACCGGGCACCCAGAUGACGUUGAAGACUUUCCACUUUGCUGGAGUUGCUUCUAUGAACGUCACACUAGGUGUGCCUCGCAUCAAAGAAAUCAUCAACGCUUCGAAAAAUCUCGCCACGCCCAUCAUCACUGCUAGCCUUGUUACCAAAGCGGGGUCAUACGACUGCGGCGGCAACGCGUCGCAAGAACAAGUUCGGCAGGCUCGUCUAGCUUGCGAAGCCGCCGCUCGAGUCGUUAAAGGAAGGAUUGAAAAGACCACUUUGGGUGACAUUACGGAAUAUGUACAGGAGGUUGUUAGCCCCCAAGAGUGCGCACUGCGAAUUCAAUUGGAUUACGACGCUAUCAAGAAGUUACAGCUCGAGGUGGAUAGCGUAACUAUUCGCUGGUCGAUUGCGGUCUCGAAGUUGAAGGUUGCACAGGAGAAUAUUCGUAUUGAAUCCGCGGACUGCAUUCGCGUCAUCUUGGAUUCGAAAGCCACUGCCGCAGGGGCUCAUCAAGCGCUGCAGCAUCUCAAACGCGCUUUGCCAAAGGUGAUAAUUAAGGGUUUACCGAGCGUAACUCGAGCGGUUAUCAAUGACGAGGAAGGAAAGAAAAUGUUCAACCUGCUUGUUGAGGGCUACGGCCUCCGAGAGGUUAUGGGAACUGAAGGAAUCCAUGGCAUUGAAACAAAGUGCAAUGCGACUCUGGAAGUGAACAAAACUUUGGGGAUCGAGGCAGCUCGUCUGACCAUCAUCAACGAGAUCAUGUAUACUAUGAAGUCCCAUGGGAUGACUAUUGACAAUCGUCACGUAAUGUUAUUGGCCGACCUCAUGACGUUCAAAGGUGAAGUUCUGGGUAUCACGCGAUUCGGAAUCUCCAAGAUGCGCGACAGCGUGCUCAUGCUGGCCUCGUUCGAGAAAACCACCGAUCACCUGUUCGAAGCAGCGUUCUAUGGGAAGCACGACACCGUCGACGGUGUUUCGGAAUGCAUCAUUAUGGGCGUACCAAUGGGAAUUGGGACUGGUCUCUUCAAGCUAUUACGAAGAGUUGAUGAUGUGGAUGCUUGGAAUACCAUGAGCAACGGUGCUGCUCAUCGUUUGGUUGGAGCACACAAGAGAGAGCCCAUGUUUGAAAAGCUGGUGUGAACGGCGCCGUUGAGUAGAGGUUUCGCGUAGUUUGCACCAAUGAAUUCACAUAAUUUAAGCA